AUGGCUCGGGGACCGAAGCGACAUUUGAAACGUCUUGCCGCACCGCAUCAUUGGAUGCUCGAUAAAUUAGGAGGUGUUUUUGCACCUCGACCGCGAUGUGGUCCUCAUAAACUGCGUGAAUCUCUACCGUUAAUAUUGUUUUUAAGAAAUCGCCUGAAAUACGCCCUAACAUAUCGGGAAGCUAAGUUAAUUUGUAAACAGCGUCUUAUCAAAGUGGAUGGUAAAGUACGUACUGAUAUGCGUUUUCCAGCUGGUUUUAUGGAUGUAAUCAGAAUCGACAAAACCAAUGAAACAUUCCGGCUUUUAUAUGAUGCAAAAGGUCGUUAUGCAACACAUAGAAUUACUGGAGCAGAAGGAAACUUUAAGUUAUGUAAAGUUGUUAAGAAGGCAGUUGGUCCAAAAGGGGUGCCAUUCAUUGUUACUCAUGACGCACGAACCAUUCGAUAUCCAGAUCCACAUAUUAAAGUGAACGACACUGUUAUAAUCGAUAUUAGUACUGGAAAAGUGACUGAUUAUGUCAAGUUCGACCAAGGAAACUUAUGUAUGGUUACUGGUGGUCACAACAUGGGUCGAGUAGGAAUUGUUGGUCAUCGUGAAAAGCAUCCUGGGUCGUUUGAUAUUAUUCAUAUUAAGGAUAUUGCUGGACACUCUUUCGCCACCCGGUUAAGUAACGUAUUCAUUAUUGGUAAAGGGACGACGGCUUUGGUAAGUCUUCCUGGUCCUACUAAAGUUCUUAACGGCAUUAUUUGUGUUCAUAUACCGGCAGUGGAAGGUCUGAAUUAUGUAAAAAAAAGAAUUGUGGAAGCAAUAUGUGAGGGUGGGAAUCGAAGUAUACCCGAGAUUCGUUUGCCUGUAAUCAAUAUGCCAGUUGUUGAAGCACACCAUAAGAGUCAGGCUCUUAUUGUCGUUGGUUGGAAAAAACAGUCUGAUUACAGUUUGCAUCCAUUAGUAAUCGGUGAACCUUUUCGUGCGGAGGAUAUUCAGAUUGAAGAAUUACAUAAUACUGGUAAUUUCUCCAGCGGUGUUGGCAUUUUUGGAGUAAAUAAUGGUUGUGACCAGUUUGAUGAUAUAUUGUCUUAUGGUUGGCUGAAUGAAUAUGAUAUUAGAAUAAAACUUGGUCAUUCAACAACUGAUGGUUCUAAUCUAUCUCCCGUCAAGGAAACAUGCGAUUUUAAAUUAUUAUAUAUUUUAGACCAUGUUACACGGCAUAAAAUUGAAGAGCUCUUGUCUAUAAUAGAAACUCGUUACAAGAAAUUAUCAUUUGAACUAGCAAAUGUCGACUUGCAGAGUCAAGAAGCGUUUGAAUUAUCGAGAAAAGGUCCACUACGUCAGCGAAUUCUAAAGGCACCGAUGAUCUACAGCAUUGUCUUAAAUAGUUUUAAUCCACCUGAAUUCACUCUUACAUUGACAAGUAUUGGUGAGACGGAAACGUUUUUCUUUGACUUUGUGCGAGAAAUCGGACUAAAUUUGGGUAUAUUUAUGUUUAAUCACAGUACAUUUGCGACAUGCUGUGGGAUUAAGCGACGUCGAGCAGGGCCUUUUGAUGAUAGACACAGUUUAUUAAUAAAACAUUUGUCAGUUAGAAAUAUAAUGUUAAAUAUGGCGCGUUCCCAUAAACUUAUUGAUUAUUAUCGAAAGAAUGUGAAUAGCAAUGUCAUACAAAAGAUGGAUGAAAUAAAUAUUGAUGAGAUAUCAGAAAAUCAGUUAACUGAAGUAUUGGGUGAUUUACAAGAAGCUGAGGUCGAUGAAAAUUGCAUACAAAUGUCAUUCGAUAGAGAAUAUACUACCAUUAACAAUUUUCUGGUAAUAUUUUCCAAAUUUUUUCUAAAAACGGAAUGUUAUUCAUUUAGAAAUUUUAUCUCUAUUUUUUUGAUUCUUAUUUAUUGA